AUGGAGAUGCCAAGUGUUGUAGUCCGACUAGCGUGUGGCGAAUGCUCGCUGUUGGUAAAUCCCCAAGGAACGCUUUUGAGCAAGACGUUUGUGAGUCCGAUCCUUUCUGUUCGGGCGUUGCUAGCUCUUGGCUACAAGGUGGAGUGGGAUUCUUCUCGUUGUAGAAUUUGGCAUCCUUCGCGGGGUGUAUUGGAUACGGAUGUUAGCACUGGUUGCCCGGAAAUCUCUGAGCAGAAGGCCUUGGAACUUAUCGGGGAAUAUGAGGCUUUGGUGCAGCGCGGGGAGAGUCGUUGUGCACGACUGCACUGUUUGAUGAAGGAUUUAGCUGGAUUGAGUAAUGCUGAGCUUGCUGAUGUGAUUGUUCGUCGGGAUGUGCACUCAGACGCAGCUGUAAAGAAGCUGGUUGAGAAAGUGUUUGGGGAUACGCCUAGUGAUUUGAGGGAGCAGGCGGUUGCAUCUGUGCAAGAUCCAGCUGGUGAGUCUUUCACAUGGAACAGAAGGAUGCGGAGGAAGUUUGAGCGUGCGAAAGGCCUAGUUGUUCAUCUGUUCUGUGGUGAGGGCAGAAAGGCUUUUGAUCGAGUGUCCGAGAAACACGGGCUAAUCCAUGUGCCGGUUGACACAGCCGAAGACCUGUUGGCGGAAGGUACCUAUCAGUAUUUGCUCAGGCAGGCUGUGGAUUCGAAGAAGCAACAAGUCGUUGCAGGUGCCAUUAGCCGUAUGUACGCACGAGCAAUAUCAGACGGGUUGAGCGUCCAACGUAUCCAUACGGACAGGGGAAAGGAGUACCGGAACUCCGCAUUGGAUGCCUUCUGUCAAAAGCUCGGAGUUCAUCAUACAUACGCAAUGGCAGAGGAACACCAGACCAAUGGUCGCGCGGAGGGGGCUAUAUUGAAGAUCAAAAAUCGAACGAGGGAGAUCCUCGAAGGAUCAGGGCAAGAUGAUCUUUCAGAGUGGCCAUUGGCGGCGAAAUUGGCGUCGUAUCACUUGAGAUCUGAAGCUCGCAAGAAGUUGCGGAUGCCGUGUGAGCCGACAGUCGUGGCGGCGUGGAGUUUGGAGUUCGAGAACUACCACGGCUGUCACAAAAUGUCCCUCUUCGGAAACUUCGAGGGGGUGGGUGGUGAAAACGGCCGAGGGUCCUUGUAUGAAGCAGGCAGUUGGGAGCCAAAGGACGUGGCGUCCCUUGCAGUUGCCAUGUCGAAGCACGUUGCUAACAUUGUCCUGCCCAUUGUUACUUCCGGGGGAGUUACGGAGUCUAGGAUGCUGGAAAAUGGGAAGCGACUAUGGGAAACGGGAUUCACGUAUUUGCCGGGAACCAAAUCAGAGUACUGGGGCUUCAAGACAUUGGCUUCCGUUUCCGCGGUCGUGCUUCGGAGACUUGAGAUUGCCGGGCGCCGGCCAGUAAAUGGACGGGGUGGUCUGCUUUCCCUUUGCAUCUCAGUGACCCAGACAACGGAAGGAGUCCACAAGGUGUAUGUGAAACUGGGUCUGCGGAGGGACAUUUCGCCAGCUCCGCUUUGGUUGAUUGGUGACACGGGCGAGGCUUCAGGUCUUGAGAUUCUUCCACCUCCGCGACCCAAGGCUACUGUUAGCGAAGAGUUUCCUGAGUGGUGUCCAGCUGGUGUGUACAUAGCUUGCCUUGUUGCGGAACUUCGGGCGCUUUACAUGAAGCUUCAAGGUGAUGAGGCGGAUACCUGCUCAGGUGAGGCUCAAAAGGGCCAUGGGGAAGUGGAUGCUUCGGUUUCUGGUGAAGCUGUAGGGUGCUCAGACUUUGAGUGGGAUGAUGACUCUCAGGAUGUCAAGAUGUACCAGGUGCCAGAUUGCAUCAAACCACUGCGUCCAUGUCAUUCGUCGGAUGUUGGGGAUAGCUGCUACACACUGGAGCGAGUGGAUUGGCCUAUGUGUGUCAACGUAGCUGAUGAGAUGCAGGAGUUGGCUGAGGUGCAUAGGGCCAUGUGCAGCUUGUUGGAUGGGCAGUCUGAGGAAGUAGAUGGCCAGUGUUGCAGUUGUGAGGCUCAGUGGCUUGACGAAGUUCAGGGUUUGGAGCAAGUGGAGGCUGAGGCCUGCCAGUUAGACAGGAAGAGCGAGGAGUGCAUGCUGGGAUCCGGGAGUCUAAAGGCUGUUCAAAUGGACGAUGAUGAUCCACCACCUCUUCAGUCGAAGAUUGUAGCGCAGGACCAGGUUCGACGUGAGCUUGGUAAGUGGCGUGGAUCUAUGGGGGAGGAAGUAGAGUCGUUAGUUCAGAAGACUGAAGCAGUUGAAGACUUGACAGACGACCAGUAUCACAAGCUGGUGGCGGAUCCAGGCGUGCAUGUGGAACUGAUUCCAGGAAAAAUGGUGUAUGUUUGGAAAUCCACUGGACGUCGUAGGGCGAGAAUGGUGGGAUGUGGCAACUUCUGUGACAACGAUGGCAGCACUCAGAAGGCAGAUCUUUUUGCGAGUGGGGCUGGUGCGGAGUCCAUUCGAAUGAUGAUCCGCAAGUGUACUCUGGAACCAUCUUGGCAUCUGGUCUCGGUUGAUGUGAAAACAGCUUUUCUCCAGGCGCCGCUUAUGGAAAUGCAGAAGGAUGGUAAGGAGAAGGUCACAGUCGUUAAAGUUCCGAGCAUAUUAAGGGAAGCGGGUGUUACUGCUACCAAGUACUGGAAAGUCAAGAAAGCUCUUUAUGGUCUGAACUCGGCGCCGCGCUCGUGGAGCCUUCAUAGAGACCGGGUGAUGACGGAUCUUCGGAUUGAGUAUGGUGAUGGCAUCUUGAGGCUUCGAAAGCUAAAGGAGGACGCCAAUCUCUGGCAGAUUCUCAAGUAUCCACGGGAGGGCAGAGAUCCUGAGAAGGAAGCCGGUGAAGCAGGAGGACAGUGCCUCGGGAUUAUAGCCUUGUAUGUGGACGAUAUCUUAGUUGCGUCGGAAAAGGACGUUGCCCAAGCUGUAGUUCGCGGACUGGAAUCAAAUUGGGAAUUGUCAACCCCGGACUGGGUGUCGGAGGAAGGAGAUUGCUUGAAGUUUGCAGGCUUCGAGCUGGAAAAAACCAGUCAAGGGAUUCGUCUUCAUCAGGAGAGCUACACCAAGGAUAUCCUAGAACAGUACCAAGACACAAUCCCGGGUGUGGAACGUACACCAGCUGUCAAGACUGUUGAAAGUGAGGAACCGGUGGAUCGUUCGGAACAGCUGGAGUGGACGAAACGUGCACAAUCAUUGAUUGGACAGUUGCUCUGGCUUGCGGGGAGGACCCGUCCUGACAUUGCUUAUGCUGUGAAUCUUGCUGCUCAGAGGAUAGUGCCAUCUCCGGGUGAGGCGGUUGCUCGCGCAGAACACUUGAUCAGGAGCGCUGAUAUUCUGGGCCUCAUGCAGGCAGACUCUCAUAGCGUCCCAUACUGCUGA